GGCAGAAGACGGCGCUUCUUAAUAGCAAAAAAUGAGGUUAAGUUGGAUGCAUGUAAUGUGGGAAAAUAUUCACAAAAUUAUCGCAUAAGUAUUAAAUAUGUCGCAGUUUGAAACUGUGUAUGUAUCUACUGCAUGUAAUCGUACACCGCAUAGUGUCGACUGGGGUAGGAAUAAGUUGGUUUGUUACGGUGCAUCUAAUUCUGUUGCAAUAUACGAUCCUAAGUAUGCUGAUGCUGGAAAGGUGGUGUCAGUGCUAUGUCAACACAAAAAUCGAGUGAAUUCAGUUCGAUGGAUAAGACAUAAAAAUGGAUUACCAGAAACAGAGUUUGUGUCUGCAUCCUCUGACUGUACUGCUAUUGUUUGGACCAGAAUAAAUGACUAUAGUUUCUUUCCAACAUCCAUCUUGAAGGGUCAUGAGGGUACAGUUACUGUUGCUGAUGGUAUUUAUGUGGCAGAUAGAAAUGUUGACUCAGCUAAACAGACUGCAAUAAUUGCUACUGCAUCAGUAGAUUCCUCAGUAAAAGUAUGGAUGCGCCAUGAAAAUGAAGAUGAUGUUAUUUGUUUGCAAACGCUGAGCUUCGGGUCUGGCUUCUGUCUGUGUGCACGUCUCUGCUUCCUGCCUGGAACAGACAUUGUGCUGUUGUCAUGUGCUGCAGAUGAUGCAAAAAUCCAUUUAUUUGCUGAGAGCAUAAGCAAUGCCAUACAGGGACCUUUGAAGGAAUAUGCCAAGCAGUUUGUCAGAGUGGACAGCUUGGUUGGUCAUGAGGACUGGAUUAGGGCUAUGGAUUUUACUUUGGAUGAUUCUGGCCAUCUGCUACUUGCCAGCAGCUCGCAGGAUUCUUUGAUUCGUUUAUGGCGAAUAGCUCCAUGUGGUGAGAAAACAGCUACAAGUACUAGGAAACGGAUUGGUGAAUUAGAUUUAGAAGAAGACAUCCAGCCUGAUGAGAAGUUCUUCAGUGUCAUUGUGCAAGAUGAUACAGCAGCAUAUUUUGCUGUUUCUCUGGACUCAGUGUUGGCUGGACAUGAGGGCUGGGUAUACGGAAUAGACUGGCACCCACCAAUUUACUCUGAAGACAAGAAGAGGUGUACACAACCCAUGAAACUUCUUUCUUCAUCUCUGGAUAAGUCAAUAAUCAUCUGGGAGCCAGAUGCCUCAUCAGGAGUUUGGUUGGAAUCUGUCAGAGUUGGUGAGAUUGGAGGCAACACCCUUGGAUUUUAUGGUAGUAAAUUUAGCCCUGAUGGCCAAAGCAUUAUAGGUCAUGGCUAUCAAGGAUCAUUCCAUCUGUGGACCUAUUCUGAUGAGCUGGGGACAUGGGAGCCAGGUGUGACUGUUGGAGGUCAUUUUGGUGAGGUUGUGGAUAUUCAGUGGGAACCUGGUGGACGCUUCUUGUUCAGUGUCAGUACUGAUCAGACAACCAGGAUCCAUGCUCCAUGGAUUAGAGAUGAUCACCAAGAGGAAACUUGGCAUGAACUUGCACGGCCUCAGGUCCAUGGCUAUGAUAUUUCCUGCCUAGCAGUUUUAUCACGAUACAGAUUUGCAUCAGGAGCAGAGGAGAAAGUCAUUCGAGCAUUUCGAGCGCCAAAUAAUUUUGUUAAGAAUUUUCGGCAAAUAUGCAAAGUAGAAUCUGAUAAAGACAUUGAAAAUAGUGAUGCAUUUGCAGUUCCUCAAGGGGCAUCUGUACCUACAUUGGGUCUUUCCAAUAAAGCUGUGUAUGAGGGUCAAGAAGUGCCCCCUGAAGAAAGACAUGUUAAGGAUGAAUAUCCAGAAUUCUACUUCACACCACUUAAUUUGAAAGAACCCCCUACUGAAGAAAACCUGUUGCAGAACACAUUGUGGCCCGAAGUUCAGAAACUUUAUGGUCAUGGUUAUGAACUGUUUGCACUUGCUGCAAGACAUGAUGGAACUCUUUUAGCAUCGGCAUGUAAAGCAACCACAGCAGAACAUGCUGCCAUCAUUAUCUGGGACACGUCAACAUGGAAACAGAUGCAAAGGCUUGUGUCUCAUCAGCUGACAGUGACGCAAAUGGAAUUCUCUCCUGAUGACCGUUUCCUGUUGUCUGUCUCUCGUGAUCGUCGGUGGAGUCUUUUCCAGUUGGAAGACAGUGAAUUGGACAGGAAGAUCUACAGACUUAUUGCUAACACAGAGAAGAAGACUGGAGUACAUGCUCGCAUUAUAUGGUGCUGUAGUUGGACUUAUGAUUCCAAGUAUUUUAUCACUGGAUCUCGUGAUGGUAAAGUAGCAGUAUGGGGUCAUGAAGGAGCAACAUCAGAAACAGCAUCUCCACUUCAUCAGUAUACUUUAAGCUCAAAGCCACUUGAGCUCCCAGAUCAGUCUGUUACUGCUGUGGCUGUGGCUCCAGUGAAAAUUGCUGCAGAUGUAUACCUGGUAGCUGUUGGACUUGAGAGUGGUUGCAUAAACAUGUAUAAGUGGUCACCUGUCAGUACAGGAACUGUAGACAACUGGCAGAGAUGUCUGGAGCUUGACAAUUCAGUUGCACACCACCUGGCAGUAAAGAAACUGUCAUUUCGACCACUAGUGGAUACUGGAAGCGACUGUGAUAAGAAUACCUUGAAGAAUUUGCAGAUUUCAAGUUGUGGAGCUGAUCAUGCAGUCAAAAUAUUCAAUAUUUAUGUGAAUAAAUUAUGAUUAUAAAGUGACUGUGUGUAUGAUUAAAUAAAAGCAACCUUUUGUUUUAUCUGAG